AAGGCGGCGGCCAUCGGGGGGAGAGAAACUGGCUGCUUCUGGUUUCCAGCCAUAAAUACAAAGCGGAGCCGGUCUGAGGGAGAAACGGGCACAACGGGGACGCGGAGGGUUUAAAGCUGAAGACCACGAGAGACGCCAUCGAAAAGGAUCUUGGACGGCAUGCAAAGUUGUGAAAUUUCGUCAGACAGCACUGAUGAUCCUCUUAGUAGCGGCCUACGCACCCAUCGGCAGCCUCGAAUAGUAGUGAUUGGUGCUGGCUUGGCCGGCCUUGCUGCAACUAAGAUCCUCCUGAAAAACGGCUUCACAGAUGUCACUGUCCUAGAGGCAUCAGACCACGUCGGCGGGAGAGUUCAGAGCGUUCAGCUCGGAAAUGCAACUUUGGAGCUCGGAGCCACCUGGAUCCAUGGAGCCAACGGCAACCCAGUGUACCACCUGGCAGAGGACAACGGGCUGCUGGAGCACACCACAGACGGGGAGAGGAGUGUGGGACGCAUCAGCCUGUACACGAAAAAUGGCGUGGCUCACUACCAGACCAACGUCGGCAAGAGGAUCCCCAAAGACCUGGUGGAAGAGUUCAGCGACCAGUACAACGAAGUGUACGAGCUGACUCAGGAGUUCUUCCAGAACGGGAAACCCGUCUGCGCCGAGAGCCAGAACAGCGUCGGCAUUUUCACGCGGGACGUGUUGCGCAAGAAGAUUAUGUUGGACGCCGAUGAUUCUGAGGGCACCAAGAAGCUCAAACUGUCCAUGCUUCAACAGUACCUCAAGGUGGAGAGCUGUGAGAGCAGCUCUCCCAGUAUGGAUGAGGUGUCUCUGAGUGAGUUUGGCGAGUGGACAGAGAUCCCUGGUGCGCAUUAUGUAAUUCCUGAAGGUUUCAUGAAGGUGGUGGAGCUCCUGGCCCAGGACAUCCCCUCCCGCACCGUCUGCCUCAGCAAACCGGUCCGCAGCAUCCACUGGAACUACUCGGCCAAGCAUCAGGAGGUGAUCCCCAACAGCGGCGGCAGCCAGCGGGACGACGACGACCACAACGACAACAACCACGGGCGCCGGCCUCGCGAGGACCCCGCGGCCCUCGGCCCCCCCAUUUACGUGGAGUGCGAGGACGAGGAGUGGAUCCCGGCCGACCACGUGAUCGUCACGGCCUCUCUGGGCGUCCUGAAGCAGAACCACGAGGCCAUGUUCUCCCCUUCUCUGCCGGAGGACAAAGUGUUCGCCAUCGAGAAGCUGGGCAUCAGCACCACCGAUAAGAUCUUCUUGGAGUUUGAAGAGCCCUUCUGGAGCCCCGAGUGCAACAGCAUCCAAUUUGUGUGGGAGGAUGAGGCUCAGCUCGAACAGCUGGCCUACCCCGAGGAGCUGUGGUACAAGAAGAUCUGCAGCUUUGACGUCCUCUACCCGCCCGAGCGCUACGGCCACAUGCUGAGCGGCUGGAUCUGCGGGCAGGAGGCGCUGUACAUGGAGCGCUGCGACGACGAAACAGUGGCCGAGACCUGCACCGAGCUGCUGAGGCGCUUCACAGGGAACCCUGACAUUCCUAAGCCCUGGCGUGUCCUGCGCUCCUCCUGGGGCAGUAACCCAUUCAUUCGAGGCUCCUACUCCUUCACCAGGGUGGGAUCCAGCGGUGCGGACUGCGAACGGCUCGCCACGCCGCUGCCUUAUGCCAACAGUACCAAGGCUCCGCCUCUACAGGUCCUGUUCGCUGGAGAGGCCACCCACAGGAAAUACUAUUCCACUACCCAUGGUGCUUUGCUGUCGGGACAGAGGGAGGCCACUCGCCUAAUAGAGAUGUACCAGGACUUGCACAGAGCGGAAACCACAAAGCCUAAAAUGUAAAAUAAAACAAACCUCUGACUAGUGAAAAACAUUACUUUUGAGUUCUACUUAUCUUGAUGAUUAAGUUAUACUUAAAAACAUAGCUCGGGCAUUAUUUCAUUGAUGAGUAUUUUCUCUAUUGUACUGUAGAUUCAAAUCAUGCGUUUUUAUUUGACAUGUACUGUUCAAAAGGUUGCCAAUGGUGCGGUCAUUUCUUGACUUUAUUCUGUCAUUAAAUUGUUUUUAAUCAUCAAUUUCAUGUUCAUAAUAACAGCAUCUGUAAUUUAACUCUUUUUUUUAAGUGCCUUCUGUACGUAAUGCUAUUUUAUUUCAAAAAUGCUAAAUUAAAAUUGAUAAACUUUUGUUAAAACUUUAUCAUCUAACUAGUCCAGUUGAGUCUUCUUAAUUCAUUGACAUUCACCUUUAUAUUUUCCAGGAAAGUACAACCACAAGCAAGAGCUUUUAAACUUUAGAGUGACUGAGCGAGUGCACAUGGAAAGAAAAGAAAAGAAAAGGCUGCAAAGCCUGAAAUCUGCUAAUGUGACAGCUGGCGUUAGAACAUAAUUCAAACCAGUCCUCCCUGUAUGAUGAUGAUGAUGAUUCAUCAGUUUAAAAUAAAAUAAUUUGAAAUUUAACUGAAAACCAUCAGAGGUGGAAAAAGAAAUUCAGAGCCUAUUCAAAUAAAAGUCCUACAUUUGACAUUUUCCUUUAGCUGCUUUAUGGUGUUGAAAUUUUCUCAGUUUAAUGACAGAUUCUUCGUUUGUUUUAAGACAUCUAGGACUCAAUAAUAGGCUAAAUGUUGCAAAAUCUACAAAUGAGUAAAAAAGUACAAUAUUUCAUCUAACAUGUUGCCAAGGGGCGGACAACUAGCGCAAAAUGCAGAAAACACUGAAAAGUUUAGACUAAUGACCAAUUAGAUUCAAAACCAAAUAAGGGCCAAGAACACUGAGCCGAUGCAAUUGCUGGCCAACACCAAAUUGAUGCCAACUAGAAAUAUCAAGUGGGAUCAGAUGGUGGAGGAGGAGGAACAAAAAGCCCAAAGAGAGAAUGACAUGCGUUCCAAAAAAACGUGUAACAUGCCAAUAUUUAGAGACAGUGCCAAUGCCGUUUAUUUUUAGACAACCAGUGCUAUAAAACUGACUCUAAUCUCCUAUUUUGAAAUGUUUGGGUCAAAAAGAAUUGCAAAUAGCAACCACAGCUGUUUAGACUGCCGUGCAGGUGUGUGCACAAUACGUUUGAUCGAGUUCUCCUGAAGGUUUUAAUGUUGCAACUGUUGCUACGCAGCUACAUGACAGACAUCAAACCAAAUGGGAUAAACGGACUCAUGGUUGGCAAAUGGCCACUUGCUGUAGAAGAAGUCUACUACAUACCGACUUUAAGCAGGUUUUCGGUAUGCGGUGUCUCAUGUCACAAAAUGAAGUGAACUCGACCAGCGUUCAUACUAAAACAAGGCUUAUUCUUGAGUGGGCUGGAAACAGCUUGAAAACGAGUCUCUGCAAAGGAGCAACAUUUGUCGAACAACUUGUGAAGCUUGUCAGUAUAAAAGCAUGCUGAUAAUCUCAACAGUUUGCCAUGAUAAGUAAAAACAAGAAAAGCUGUAUGUGAUUAGUAGGCAGCGUGGCUCACCGUUAUCAAGGUUGGUAGAGUCACGUUGUCACGUUGCUAAACUCUGUGCCGCUUCAAUGUGAGCAGGAGGUCAAAUCACCCACAAGUGAAAGCACCUGUGUGGACAUGCAAGCGGAUGUGAGAAGAUCGCUUCCCUUCGUUCACAUUGAUGAGAUUUUAAAAUCAGUAUUCUGCUUCAAUGGGUGAACCUAGAGAGUUUUGUAAAUGGUUAUGGAUCAUGUGAAUUAAUUACAGUGUAUUUAACUGAAUACUAUAAACGAGGUGCAUUGAAUAGAUCAGAUAAACAGGUGUUAAAUUCUUCUAGACCCCUGUAGACACACUACAACCUGAAUAACUGGGAAUCUUUCUAAUGAAAGAAAAACAUUGACGCAGUGAAGAACAGUCAAUUCAAAAGGCUAAUAAAGGUGUCCUUUUUACAAGGUGCUAUGUUUCAAAAAUGUGAGAUGUAACAGGAGCUGCAUCUGUUUCUGACACCUUAAAGGCAAAGACGCAGGCGAGCCGGCCAACAAUUUCCCCUCAUAAAAAAAUCCCAGCUCAUGUUUCGUUUCCUGACAGAUUAGCAAAUAUGCCUUUGUAGGGUUUUGUGAAACCAGGAAAUAUUGAUAACACAAACUGUAUUUCUUGUUUUCUUUUGGACAAUACACUAGAUUAAGCCCCCAGUUGUGAUGUAUAAAGUUGUUCUGGGGAGCCUAUUAAUAAACAAACGAAAAAAUGGA